UGCUCUCCUCCGACUUCCAGACACUGAACCCGCUUCCCUCCUGUUGAUGUCCCAGUGAAAAUCGUCAAAUGCCGACUCUGUGAUAUUUUCAGUUCCUACACUUCCACCCAUAAAGGAGCAAAUGGAUUUAAACUGCACGCUCUCGAAGUGCGAUGUGGCGGGCUUGGGCGCGCUGGCGCACAGACUCUUUGGGAAUAACUCACUGUCUCCACUUGAUAACAGCUCCGAAUCUUCCAAUUCAGAGGAGGACGACCUGGAAGUAAACACGGACAUUUACUCUAAGAUUAUAGUCACUGUCCUCUACGUGGCUCUGUUCGCUGUGGGCUCUAUGGGGAACUCCAUCACCCUGUACACACUGCUGACCAAAAAGACCCUGCAGAACCUCCAGAGCACCGUGCACUACCACCUGGCCAGCCUCGCCGUGUCCGACCUGCUAAUCCUGGUCCUCUCCAUGCCCAUCGAGCUCUAUAACUUCAUAUGGUUCCACCACCCGUGGGUCUUCGGGGACGCAGUGUGCAGGGGCUACUACUUCCUCCGGGACAGCUGCUCCUACGCCACCGCUCUCAACAUCGCCAGCCUGAGCGUGGAGCGCUACAUGGCCAUCUGCCACCCGUUCAAAGCCAAGAGCAUCAUGUCCCGCAGCCGCACCAAGAAGCUGAUCAGCGCCAUGUGGCUCGCGUCCUUCGCGCUCGCUUCACCGAUGCUCUUCACCAUGGGCCAAGUGAUGCUCAAAGGCGAGAAGAUAUGCACUGCCAUCGUCUCCCCGCUCACCAUGAAGUCUGUUCUGCAGGUGAAUGCCUUUCUGUCCUUCGUGGUUCCCAUGGUGGCCAUAUCUGUGCUGAACGGGGUCAUAGCCAAUCAGCUGCUGCGAAUGUUCCGCGAGGCAGAGCAAGAAAACCGCAUCUGCAUCAUUGGGGGAAAUCCCACCAUGCUGAAUGUCACGGUGGAGCCGAACCGUGCUCAGUCGCUUCGCCAUGGAGUUCUUGUUCUCCGAGCGGUGGUCAUUGCGUUCGUGGUCUGCUGGCUGCCCUAUCACGCUCGCCGCCUCAUGUUUUGCUACAUCUCCGACUGGUCUGAUGACUUGUAUGACUUCUACCACUAUUUCUACAUGCUGACCAAUGUCCUGUUCUACGUCAGCUCGGCCAUCAAUCCCAUCCUCUACAACCUGGUGUCAGCCACCUACCGCCAGAUCUUCUUCUCCACCCUACGCUACUUCUGUAUGCCCUGCCAACAUAGGCCCAGGGGGCACCCCCACCCCUUGAACCGCCACUCCAUUAGCAUCUCCAGCAACCACACCCUCUGCACCAACAUCAUCAAAGAGACGGCUUACUAAGUGUGGUGGAAUACACUUUGGCUGUACUAUAAACCCAUCAGCUGCUGCAUGGUGUUUACUGGUCCGACUUUAAGGAAAUUCUGGGACAGGGCUGGAGACUGAACAGGGGACACCAUUAUUGUCAUGUAGGGUCAAAUGCUCACUCUGAGACCGUGGUCAUUCAUUUCAGACUUUGUACAUUUUCUUGUGAGGUGUAACAUCCUUAUUAAGCAUACCAUGAGUUUGUAUUGUAAAAAGAAGAAUGAAAAAAAGAAAGGAAGGUGGAUUUCAAAAGAGUUAAUCCUUAACAUCAAACUGAUAAAUGGGUGUUUUGUACAAUGUUUCUAUAUGUACAUGUAGAACAUUUUUAGCAGACCAGUCAUUCUCACUUGCUUGGUGCUAAUUAAUGUUUCAGUGUCUUUAAGAAAGAACUUUAAAAAGUAUCCUGAAAGUAAGAAUGGCCUCUGGCAAAAAUGCUGCAAAACUUCAGAUGUAAGCCUCUAAGUAAUUCAGAAUGGGCAUCUGUGGAUAAUCCUUGCUUUGAUGUUAGAAAAAAGGUGGAUGCAAAGAGUGGCCAUUUCUCAUCCUUGUGUCUGAGUUGCACUUACAGCUGUGUCGGAAGAAUCUCUUCCAUUUUCGUCCCUCUCUUCAUUUUAUCAGGAUUGUUUUUGAUCAGAAAUGUAAUAGUUUAGAGGGUAUGUCCAGGUUAUUCUAGAAUGGAGACAAUUUGGCAGGUUAUCUCUUAAAACUCUGAAAUAUAAACGCUAUGGGAUUUCCAGAGAAAAACAUAAAAAACAGCUUUCAGAGCUACAGAAGUGGCUGCAAUUGAUUAUUUGAAGGAUUCAUACAAAUCAAUAGUGACCUUGAGGAGUAAUUAACAUAUGUUACAAACUGUGCUAAUUUUACCAGCUAUUUUUAGUUUGAUCUUGAGAUUCAGUCAUAUUUAACCAACAUUAAUAUUUUUGAGUCAGUUUAAAAAAACUGAAUGAACCUUGGCUCAGUCUUAAAAUGUUUGGGGUAAAAUUUCAUAGAGCUGGUUGUUACAGUGGCAGCCGAUGUAAUCUUAUGGGGAAACUGCGACAGUCCUUAAAAUGUUCACUUAAAGUGAUUUUUUUUCACCAAUAGUUUGGCAACAUUACACAUGCCUCGCUAAACUAAAAAUCGUACUCUCAACUCUGCAGCAGCGGGUUGUCCCUCUGCUGCUUGUAGACGCUCUCUGUUUUUGUUCACUCUUCAGUUUGAAGGAGCUCUUUGUCAGUACACUCAGGCUCCAACAAGUUGUGACAACCAUCAAAUUCAAAUGCUUCAUUGACAUUGUCCAUCAGAAAAAGAUUCAGCCAUAACAGUUUUCUCCGUAAAAUCCAAACUCCACUCUCCAAAUCUCUUUCUUACUCUGACUUUCAUUCACGUUACCACCUCCUUCUUCCCUCAACAGACUUGAGGGUCAGACGUUUUGUUGAGCGAGAUGGUGUUGCCAGAUUCUUAGAAAAGACCAAGAACUUUGUUGGAGGAUAAAAAAAUAAAUUGUGGACUUUUAGUUAAUUUUGUGGACUGUCGCAGUUGCCCCAUGAGAAAAAUUUGCCUUUAAGGGACGCUUGCAAUAUUAAUCAAUCAGAGAGUAACAAGAAAAAAAUAAAGUUUUCAAAAUGAAAAAAAAGCUUGUUCAACAGACCUGCAAUAAAUACUGCGGUUUAGUCAGCCUGUUGUGUUGUUCUAUGUUGUGUUGUGGUUGUUUUGUAACAGUAAGUGUUUAUGAUAGGUUGUAAACUACCGUUAAAUUACUUAUGUAAAAAACAUAUUUGUAAUCUCUUUGCAUACAAAGCAAGACAAGAGCCAGACAGAGCCCAAGUCAGUCUCCUUCAUUAUGUACUGUGUUUGUUUAAUAAUCAGUAGAUGUCACAAAUUCACUUUAUUUAGCUGUCAUAGAUGCCCUCUAAAUCAACAUGACCUGAAAUUAAGUGUAUGGAAAAGUUGUUGUGUUAGAUGUUGUCUAACAUUUCUGCCAUUUAACAAUGUCCUAUUGUUGUAAGAUGAAUUACAGUAGAUAAUAACAACACUGCUGUGAGGUAAUAUGUCUUUUCUCCAUUGCUGUUCUUUAAGAAAAUGAAUUGCUCUUCAACAUCGUUCCAACUCCAACACAAGCCGCUUAGUAACACUCGCCUUUAUACUGAAGUAAACAGAGAAGCCACAGAAUUUGGUAAUAGGUGGACCAGAAACCAGAAUACACCUGCAUUUAAACUCUUUUGCCACUACGAUUGGGAGGUAUAAUUUCAAUGCGACUCACAGACACCUACGCACCUAGAGCAUUUUGAAAGAACAUUUUCAAAUUAUUUAUACAGGAUAGUGUUUUAAUAAUGGUCUUAUUUCAAUGUAAUGGAAAUGAACUGAAGUGCAUUUCCCUCUCUCUACAAAUUAUUAUUAGACCAGUGCACCAUGCCAGUAAUCCUAAUAAUUGUGUCUGAUAUGCGCAUCUCAUGAUUUAUGCCCAGUGCCAGUGUUCAUUACCAUUGCGAGAACAUUGUGCCCUUUAUUCAGUGAGGCAGAAAAUAAUUAUCUCGAGGUGGAGGAGGCCACAUGCCUUCAUUUAAUGUUUACCAUUCUUAUUAACUGUAACCUCCAUCAUUCCAGAUCUUAAAGUGUUAAGGUUUAUUUACCAUAACCAUGGUCAAUGCUGCUGUAGGAAUGCCUAGAAUAAAAUACUUUGUACGUCCAAAUGCAUUGAGAUGAAAAGGAGCUGUCAUAGAGAAGGUGGAAGAUCUGCUGAUCGAUAAUGGCGUAAGCGUCUAGACAUGGUUUCCUCAAAAACAUAAUGGUCCUGUGUCUGAAUUGAAAGAGAGAAGGUCAAACGCUUGGCUGCCGCAUGAGGUCAUUUUACCUGUCAUUAUAGAAUGUUACAUGAAGACGUAUGGAUUUUUAUAAUUUUUAUGUUAUUCAAUGAUCACCUCAGCUCAAACUUUUUAACCACACGUUAUUUUCCAUAGUGAUCUUUCCAUCACUUCAACCAUACUGUAGUUGCUUUUUGCAGACAUUGAUUUAUUGCUAUGAACCUAGAUUUGGUCAAUGACCUUAAGCAGAAGUGUUCAAUACCUUUGGUAUCUACAGCUCAUGUACUACAUCAUGCAAUAUGACAGUAUUACCAUGCCCACAAUGUUUUUGACUACAGAUAACAAACCUGAGCUACUCUGGUUGUACAGGCACCAUGUUGUACAAUAUGUGUUAUAUGUUCUAAGCUAAGCUGAUUCUUGUCAGGUAAUUUCUACCCUGGUACAUCAAAAUUAAUUCAGGCCUAUGGGGCGCCGGCUUUUUAAAAUGGGUCAUUAAAAUCAUAUGAAUUGAAAUAGGCCAAACUUUCCCCUGUAAGAUGUGACAGGUGCUGCUGUCAGUACUCUGACUCAUAGGCGUGUGCAGUUUACACCUCAGUCAUUUAAUGUCUUUCAAAACAAACAUGUGGGAUCAAUGAAUUAACAGCACUUUUAUUGACAGUUGUUAUUUAACUGGUGGUGAGAGAACCGAGGCUGUCUCCAAUUUAGAAGAGUAUAUACAGUGAUUUGCUACAAAUGGAAAUCAAUGGACUUCAUUAUGAAAGGCUGUAGCAAUGAUAUAGCAGCGGGAUCAUUCAAUUGUAACGCUCGUGUUUCUGGGGUGAUACAUUUCAAUAUGCUUUGCUGUUUGCUAAGUCAGAGACCAAAGGUUGUACAUCAGUGUAUUCAGUGCAAUUGAUGGAUGAAUGGAUUUUAUUCACCAUGUUUGUUGCUUCCAUUUGACAAUUAGCACUAAAACAAGUAUCCUUGAGGCUAAUGGGAAUUUUGAGCUGACAUGGUGUUAGAUGAGAAUUCAGGGAAAUGCAGCUAGUUAUUACACAAAUGUCAAUACAAUUAACGAUGACCCCUCCAGGCAGUUGUUGAGAUAUGUCAGUCUGGAUUUAAAUCAACCAAAAGGAGGUUAAGUUAAUACUAGUCUUUGAAUUUGGUAUCUAUUACAGUAAAGUUUGCCCACUGAAACUACAACAUACCCCAGCACUUUUGCUAAACUGUAUGGAUACUUGAGACUCCUGCCACCUUCUCAGUGCACAUCACAGCAGUAACCUACCAAAACAAGCUCAACAUCUGUGUUUUACUUUUAUAUUCUGCAAUGACUGGUCAUUAUUAUAAUAUUAAUUGUUGUUGGUGACAGUUAUUUGCUGUGCUUUGUAAUGGUUGAUAUACAGUAGCUAUGUGUUCAUGUACAGCAUCUGUGUUUGUAAUCUGUGGAGCCACUUUACUGGAUAUAUUCUCUUUUAUUGACUUCAUUCAGGCCAAACAUUCAGUUUCCUUUUUCAACAGGUUCUCCAGACAGCUAUAAUGAAAAAGAUACUGUAUAUCCCUUAAAAUGUGCAAACUAUUCCAACUGCACAUGCAGUAAUAGUUAUGUUCGCUGGACUUGGCAGUACAGACCUGCACAUGGAUGAAUUAUGAGUUGAAUGUAAAAGGUAAAUAGUUUGUAUUUAUAUAGCGCUUUUCUAGUCUUGAUGACCACUCAAACGUUUUACAGUAAUGUGUCUUGGCCUUGUGCACACUGUAUUCAAAUAAAUAUUUUGCUUAUUUUACUUGA